CUCAUCAGUACACCUACACGUCUUGUUUCUGGCGGAGUAUUUAUGACAAAAACGGCCUAAAAUAUGGAAAAGGGAGGAUUUGUGGUGGGCGACUACGUAUGGAUUCGGCCCAUUAGUAACGAUCCUUUUGAAAUACCGACAGGAGGAAAAAUCGUAUCAGCUGAUCCAAAACGGAUUCGCGUUCAAGAUGACAAGGGCGCGGAAGUAUUUAUUAACCCCGACCAGAUUUUGAAGGCCAUGCACGACACGUCCAUUUUGGGCGUUGAGGACAUGAUCAGUUUGGGGGACCUGCAGGAGUAUGCAAUCUUGAGGAAUUUGCAAAUUCGCUACUUUAACAGACUGAUUUACACGUACACGGGGUCAAUGCUGAUUGCAAUGAACCCGUACGAAGUGCUUCCGAUUUAUACAAACGCGCUAAUAAAGCAGUACAGGAAUAGGAAAAUGGGCGAGCUUCCGCCUCACAUUUUCGCAAUAGGGGACAGCAGCUACAACAACAUGAAGGCGACGCAGGGAAACCAGUGCGUGGUGAUUAGUGGAGAAAGUGGCGCGGGCAAAACUGAAAGUACAAAGUUAAUCUUGCAAUACCUGGCGGCGAUUAACGGCCAACAUUCUUGGAUCGAGCAGCAGAUUCUUGAAGCAAACCCAAUAAUGGAGGCGUUUGGCAACGCAAAAACCGUACGUAACGACAACUCUUCGCGUUUCGGCAGGUACAUCGACAUCUUCUUCAACAAAGCCAGUACUAUCGACGGCGCCAAAAUUGAGCAAUACCUCCUUGAGAAAAGUCGCAUUGUUUCGCAAAGCCAAGGGGAAAGAAACUAUCACAUCUUCUACAGCAUGCUCGCCGGUCUUAGCAAAGAGGAGAAAAAACGUUUGGAUCUUGGAAAUGCGUCAGAUUACACCUACUUGAAGCAAGGGAACACGCUCAAAUGCGCCGAUAGGAAUGAAGUCGCCGAAUUUGCAGACAUUCGCGCCUCGAUGAAGGUGUUGAACUUUUCCGAGCAAGAGUGUUGGGACAUCUUCCAACUGCUCGCCGCCAUCCUCCACUUGGGAAAUAUCAAGUUUAAGUCGACCACGAUAGCUAAUUUAGACGCAUCCGCCGUGCACGAUCAAAGUUUCGUUGGGAAAGUCGCCACGUUUUUAGGCGUGGAAACGCAGCAGCUCGUAGAUGCUGUCACAAAGAAGACAAUUUUCGCGCAUGGUGACCGAGUCGCGUCCUUGUUAGGUAAAGAUCAGGCAUCGGAGACGCGGGAUGCCUUCGCGAAGGGCCUGUAUGGGAAACUCUUCAUAACCAUAAUUGAUAAUAUCAACUCCGCAAUUUCAAAGACGAAGGUUUCAGUUAAGAACUCGAUCGGCGUCUUGGACAUUUUCGGUUUUGAGAGCUUUCAAGUGAACAGUUUCGAGCAGCUUUGUAUUAAUUACGCGAACGAAAACCUGCAGCAGUUCUUCGUGCAGCAUCUCUUCAAAAUGGAGCAAGAGUACUACACCAAGGAAGGGAUUAGGUGGCAACACAUAAGCUUCGUCGACAAUAGGCUUGUGGUGGAGAUGAUCGGUAGCAAACACCUGAAUGUUAUGUCACUAAUCGACGAUGAAUCGAUCUUUCCCAAGGGUACAGAUUAUACGAUGCUCACGAAACUGCACGCGAAUCACGCCGAUAACGAAGCGUACUCCAAACCGAAAUCCGAUCUGGUUCCCGGCUUCGGCAUUCAGCACUUUGCCGGUUCCGUUUUUUACGACGUUCAAGGUUUCUUGGAGAAAAAUCGAGACACCUUCAGCCAGGACCUCAAGGAGUUAAUACAGCAAUCCACAAAUGCCUAUUUGAAGAAGGUGUUCGAAUCGGAGCUUAAGAGUAGUGUCUCGUCGAGGAAGAUGGUUACCUUGUCCUUUCAGUUCCGCAACUCCCUCGAUACGUUGAUGAAGUCGUUAAAUGCGUGCUAUCCAUUUUUUAUUAGGUGCAUUAAACCGAAUGAGACCAAACAGGCUCAGGUUCUCGAUCGCGGUUUGUGCGUCCGUCAGCUACGCUACUCCGGCAUGAUGGAAACGGCGCGAAUUCGAAAGGCCGGCUAUCCCAUCCGUUAUUCCUACGCCGAAUUCGUACAAAGAUACCGGUUUCUGGGAAGAGGAAUACCGCCUGCGAACAGGACCGAUUGCAAGGAGGCCUCUAGGACAAUUUGCGCGAAGGUCUUCACUGCCGGCGAAGACUACCAGUUCGGAAACACGAAGAUAUUUCUAAAAGAAGCUCAAAACGAAUUCUUGGACAAGGAACGAAGCUUGGUGGUGCAACGAGCCGUUUUGAUAUUGCAAAAAGCGGUGAAGGGUUGGAUAUGCAGGCGGAGAUAUCUCAAGGUAAAAGCUGCAGCGUUGGUGUUCCAAAAGCAUUUCCGAGCGCGGGGUUAUCGGUCGAGGUACUUGAUGAUGAGGAACGGAUAUCAAAGACUGCAGUCGGCAAUUCGAUCACGCGUGCAAACAAAUACGUACCAAAAAAUGCGUAGUUGCGUAUUAGAAUUGCAGAAGUUUUGCAAGGGGUAUCACGUUCGACACCAUCAGCAAUGGGGUAAAAUUUACGCCGCGGUCAAAUUGAAGAAUGAAGAAGCGGUUCUGAUGAAAAAAAGCGGAAACAAGAACUACAAACGUUUGGCCGAGGCAAACAUGCAGAAGCGCCUAGCUGAGUUGGACAAGGAGUACGUUCUGGUAGAGGAGGAGGUUCGCGACGACGCAGACAGUUUGAAUGUUGACGACUUUGUCAAUCACGAGUUUAACUUUCUCGACAGAGACUUUCCUGUUUUCGGAAUGAGACAGAACAGAAACGAAGUUCUCAUGGGGAUGCUCAAAGAUGGAGCCGAUCACGAAUUGCUUCCGGGAUACCUCAAGGAGGUGGACGUGGAGGACCUGUCGGCGUAUAACUUUAAAAUCUUCGCAGCUACUUAUUUCGUACGAAACAACAAUCCGCAAUUCUCAAAGAAACCGCUGAAGGAAUCUCUGCUCGAGCUGCCGACCCCUGACGACGUUAUUGCGGCCCAAGCCAUUUGGAUUACUAUUUUGCGGUUUAUGGGCGAUUUGCCGGAGCCUAAGUACGAAACUUCCGUGGAAAAGGGAGAGAAUGUGCUGAACCGCUUAAAUGAAACAAUCAGUAGGGGUUUCGCCAAUCGCAAGGAGUUCAAGGAAAUUGUGUUACAAGAGAAAAGGCAGUCUUCCAGUAAGGUAGAUCGAGUUAAGCUUAUCAAUAUGACCUUGAAACGCAAAACUAAACUAUUGGACGAUCUUCGCCGAGGCAUGGUCGAGGAUAACUCAUCAACUGAGUACUACGCGGAGUGGUUAAAUUCCCGACGAACAACUAACAUAGAGAAACUCCAUUUCAUCAUUGGGCACGGAAUUUUACGCUCAGAAUUAAGGGACGAGAUCUUCUGCCAGAUUUGCAAACAACUAACGAACAACCCAACGAAGCCAUCUCACGCGCGCGGCUGGAUUUUGCUCUCGCUCUGCCUCGGCUGUUUCUCUCCGUCGGAGCGGUUCGUAACUUAUCUUCGCUCGUUUAUACGCGACGGUCCGCCGGGCUACGCGCCUUACUGCGAAGGACGACUGUAUCGCACGUUUAGAAACGGGCUCAGAAGUCAGCCUCCGAGCUGGUUGGAGUUGCAGGCGACCAAAAAUAAGGACGCCAUCAAUUUGAAGGUGAGCUUUAUGGAUGACGAGGUGCGGACGAUCGAGGUCGACUCGGCCAGUACGUCCGCGGAGGUUUGCCACAAAAUCGCGCUGAGCAUUAACUUGAGGGACGCCUUCGGGUUUUCGCUUUUAAUAAGUUUGGGGGAUAUGGUGAUGUCGUUGGGGAGCGGUGCGGAUCACAUUAUGGACGCCAUCUCGCAGUGCGAGCAGUACGCCAAAGAGCAGGGGUGCCCCGAACGUGCGGCGAGCUGGAACCUGAUUUACCGCAAGGAGAUCUUCACACCAUGGCACGAUCCCGGUGAAGACCCAGUUUCGACCGAUUUGAUAUAUCACCAAGUGGUGCGCGGGUUGAAGUAUGGCGAAUAUAGGUGUAACACCGAGGGAGAUGUUGCCGCCCUGGUUGCGCAGCAGUACUUCAUUGACAACGGUACUGAAAUGAACCAAAAGAUUCUGCACACGAGGCUCGGGGAGUACUUACCGGGGUACUUGUUGAAACAAGGCGAGAAUGUUGAACAUUGGGAACGAAACAUAAUUGACGCGUUUGGGAAAAGCGUGUGCGUAAAGCAGAGGUACCCGGUUAUUAAGGUGAAAUGCGACAUAGUGAGGUAUACUAAGGCAGUUUGGCCUAUGCUUUUUUCACGAUUCUUCGAAGCGAUCCAGAUUUCCGGGCCGGAACUGCCAAAGAACAAGAUGAUAAUCGCAGUUAACUGGACGGGAGUGUAUAUGAUUGACGAUCAGGAGCAGAUUCUGCUCGAGUUGCCUUUCGUUGAGAUCGUAUACGUCGGGUACGAAGAAGCGCAAGGUACCAAUUUGCACAAGUUCACACUUAAGACCAUAAGGAAAGAAGAUUUCGUUUUCCGUUGUCCCGACGCGGCGAAUUUAAACAAAUUGAUUGUGUACCUACUGGAUGGUUUAAAGAGCCGAUCUACUUAUUGUGUGGUCAUAGAGGAUUAUAAACACCCAGGUGAGGCUGCUUCAUUUCUGGUUUUGAAGAAAGGCGAGUUGGUCAUUUUGAAAGACGGUACCACUGGUGAAUCCUUGAUGACAUCGACCUGGGGUUAUGGAGAAUGCAAUGGACGUUUGGGAGAUUUUCCGACGGAAGUUGUACAGUUGUUAUCGGUUAUAGAAGAACCAUCAGAAGACGUUAUCGCAACAUUUAAAAAGGAUGGGGCUUUUGCUAGCCAAGAGGAACCUCCCCAGACAAUGUCAACCGUACAGCGAAUGAAGGUGCACACUCUCGCUCUUUACGCGGAUGAGCACUUCAGAAUCGGGAAAAAGUCUACCGCCAAGCAAACUUCGCUCCUUACAGCUGCUAAACGGGGCUCACACGAGGAGUUAUGGAAAUUCACCAAUCAACCCAUCCUCCAACCACUCUUGCGCCAACUCACCUCUAACGAAGAGGCCAGCCGAGACGCGUGCAAAGCUUUCAACGCAAUCCUCAAGUACAUGGGAGACAUACCGGCCCCGAAACCCAAAAUGAGCAACGAGUUCACCGACGAAAUCUUUUCGGCGGCUUUAUCAAAUGACUUGUUACGCGACGAGGUGUACUGCCAAAUUAUGAGGCAGCUGACCUACAAUCGUUUAGCUCGCAGUGAAGAACACGGGUGGGAGUUGAUGUACUUCGCUACCGGUUUGUUCGUGGGUAGUACAUCCCUUAACACCGAACUGAACAAGUUCUUAAAAUCACGGUCACAUCCAUUUGUUGAACCGUGCCUAUCCCGUCUGCAAAAAACCGAAAAAGUAGGUCCACGAAGAUAUCCCCCAUACACUAUCGAAGUAGAUGCCAUACAGCAUAGGAGCAUGGAAAUUUACCACAAAAUUUACUUCCCCGAUGACACCGACGAAGCCGUUGAGAUAGACUCGUUGACCAAAGCGGGCGAUAUCUGCUCAGUUUUGGCCAGCCGCCUGCAAUUGAUUUCUUCUGAUGGCUUUAGCCUCUUCGUAAUGAUCGGCGAUAAGGUAUUCUCCAUUCCACAAGACACCUUUUUCUUUGAUUUCCUACACGAGCUCAUUGCGUGGAUGCGCCAAACCACACCGAGCUGGAACUCCGCGGCUCCAAUUCAAGCCCAAUACCAAGUGUUUUUCAUGAAGAAACUGUGGGUCAAUACAGUACCUGGUCGCGAUCGGAAUGCCGACCAGAUAUUCCACUACCACCAGGAGCUGCCAAAGUAUCUACGCGGCUUUCACAAGACCAGCAAGCAAGACGCCAUAAAGCUGGCCGCCUUAAUCUAUCGCACCAAAUUCGGCGACCAAUUCUCGCAAUUGGCCCAACUAAACGCGAACCUCCUCAACGAAUUGGUACCAUCUUACAUAAUCAAAGUGAACUCCUCCUCCCAAUGGAAAAAGGACAUAAUCGCCGCCUACCAAAACGACGGUACAAUGUCCGCGGAAGACGCCAAAGGUAAAUUCUUAGAAACGAUCUACCACUGGCCCACCUUCGGCUCGACGUUCUUCGAGGUGAAGCAAACCGUCGACCGCACUUACCCCGAAAUCGUCACCGUGGCGAUCAACAAGAACGGAGUCAACAUCAUGCACCCUCAGACAAAGGAUAUCCUGGUUACGCACGAUUUCUCGGAGUUAAACAAUUGGUCCUCUGGAAACACGUACUUUCACCUAACCAUUGGUAACAUGAUGAGACCAACGAAAUUUUUAUGCGAAACUAGUCAAGGGUACAAGAUGGACGACCUACUCACGUCUUACACCGAGUAUUUGCGUUCUAAAGAAACUUAAUAAAUGUAAUGUUUUUUACGAAAUAUACCGCUUUAAUUUUGUGUUACUAACAUACUUUUUCGAUUAAAUCAA